CGUCUCCUGGCACAGGAGCAGGUUCUCGUGGCACCUGUACGGGUUCUGCCUCAGCCAGUGUCCGUGGCGCAUCUGGAAGGGGUUCUCGGCUGUUUGGUGGUACUCUGGUGGCGGGGAGAACCAGCAAGAUUGCAAUGUGUCCGACGGCAGCUUGAGUGAGGAAUGGAAGGAGGCGGAGUCAUCGCGAGAUUUUACGACAGUUAACAAAAUGAGCAAAAUAUAUCGUCAUGAGUGUCUGACAGACGCAUAUUUGCUCUUAGUAUGCCGGCACACAUGGGCGGACGCAUCUUGCUUAAGGCGAUUCGCCAGUAAUGACCCUGAACCCUGGUGGAGUGCACACAACCGUGGGCGGACAGAUUGGCCGAGCAAAUACAUGCGGCUAUAAAAAGAGACCUCACGUCAGCGAGGGCAUUGCUUUUACCGGCAGAGACCAACAAGUCUGCGAGGCGACGCUGAACGUUAACAUGAAGUCGCUAGUGUUAGCUUUAAGCAUCAUGCUGCUGUUAGCCGCAGGCGAAGCGCUCAUCUGCCAUCGUUGCGUGCCAAGACAAGCCGGCGAGAACUGCGAGCUCACAGAGGAGGCAUGCAAACCAGAGAAAGAUAGCUGCGCCGCCGCCAAGUUCCAAACAUUGCCAUUUGGCCAAUACCAGAAGUGCAUGGCCUUGUCUGACUGCCAGAUGCUCCAGAGGAACAGUUUCAUCCAGAUAAAGUGCUGCGGAAGCGACCUGUGCAACACGUUUGAUGAAUAAACAAGCAAUUUGUUAUUUUU